CAAAAAACACGCAGACACAUUACUCUUUGCUAUAUGAAUUCAAGUGAAUGGCAAAGAAAUUAAUCAAAUACUGCGUGUGGGGGUGGGAAAAUGGGGCACUCUAAGGAAAAUAGUGAUGUUGCUGCCAAGCAGAAGGCAAUUGAUGAUUGGCUUCCAGUCACUGGUUCCCGAACUGCCAAAUGGUGGUCUUCAGCUUUCCACAAUCUCACAGCAAUGGUUGGUGCAGGUGUCCUCAGCCUUCCCUUUGCCAUGUCAAAUAUGGGCUGGGGUGCCGGUUCCACCGUGCUUAUCUUGUCAUGGGUAAUCACCCUCUACACCCUGUGGCAAAUGGUUGAGAUGCACGAAAUGGUGCCCGGAAAAAGAUUUGAUAGGUACCAUGAGUUGGGACAACAUGCCUUCGGAGAAAAACUAGGUCUCUGGAUUGUGGUUCCCCAACAAGUUGUUGUUGAAGUUGGCACGUGCAUUGUCUAUAUGGUUACUGGGGGCAAGUCAUUGAAGAAAGUUCAUGAUACCCUUUGUCCCGAUUGCAAAGAUAUUAAGACCUCAUAUUGGAUUGUUAUCUUCGCUUCUGUGAACUUCGCUCUUGCGCAAUGCCCCAACUUAAACGACAUCUCUGCUAUCUCUUUUGCUGCAGCUGUCAUGUCUUUGAUAUACUCAACCAUCGCUUGGUGUGCUUCUAUAAACAAGGGGAUUGACGCAAAUGUGGAUUAUGGCUCCAGAGCCACUAGCACUGCUGAUGCUGUAUUCAACUUCUUUUCUGCCUUGGGUGAUGUAGCAUUUGCCUAUGCAGGUCAUAAUGUGGUUUUGGAAAUUCAAGCAACCAUGCCUUCAUCUGAAGAUACACCUUCCAAGAAACCCAUGUGGAGAGGAGUUAUUUUGGCAUACAUAGGAGUUGCAUUCUGCUACUUACCUGUUGCCUUCAUUGGAUACUAUAUGUUUGGAAACUCAGUUGAUGAUAACAUCCUCAUCACACUAGAACGCCCCGCUUGGCUCAUUGCCGCUGCUAACCUUUUUGUCUUUGUCCACGUUGUUGGAGGCUACCAGGUGUUUGCCAUGCCAGUGUUUGAUAUGAUCGAAACCUGCAUGGUUACAAAAUUAAAUUUUCCACCUUCUACUGCACUCCGAGUAACAACUCGCACUAUUUAUGUUGCGGUGACAAUGUUAAUUGGCAUAUGUGUUCCGUUCUUUGGCUCUCUUCUUGGAUUUCUUGGAGGCUUUGCGUUUGCCCCGACAUCAUAUUUUUUGCCCUGUAUCAUAUGGCUUAAGCUUAAAAAGCCCAAGAAAUUUGGCUUGUCUUGGACAAUUAACUGGAUCUGCAUUAUUCUUGGGGUAGUGUUGAUGAUAUUAUCUCCAAUUGGUGCUCUAAGGAAUAUCAUACUAUCGGCCAAGAACUACAAGUUCUUCUCGUAGACUAUUGAUGCAAUCAUUGAUUUCCCAACUGUUUUAAAAGUUAGAUGGGUGAAACUAAAUAACAAGAAAGCAUUUACAUACAUGCUUUAUGCAUAGAAUAUAGAUAAUAGAUAGCUUCAUAGGAUUUGUAGAAGUGAUAGACACACAACUAGCCUUGCACAAAAUUGAAGCAACUAUCUUGCUCACUAUGUAGAAUGUAGAUCAUUAUUGGAGACACGGUUGAACGAGUAUACCGGUUGUAACCGUAAUGAAGUAGUGAAUAUAGUAUUGCUUUUAUGAUUUUGUAGUAUAA